AGGACAUUUUCUGUUGUUUUUUUGAAGCAUAUUGUAGAGCAGAGAGAGACAACGGCAACAGAGACGCUGGGAGCGGAUACUAUAUGAUAUAGAGUGUUGGGGCAGCCUUUUUCUAGAUUCCAGAGUGACUCUUCACUUUGUUAUCUUCCGGAAGGACAAGAGGGUUAGCUCGGUUCGUUGUUCAUCCCGUGCCUCUUCUCCACCGACUUUCUCCUGGCAACAAGCGAAGCAUCUUGGGCCACGCCGUUGGUCGCCGAAGAAGACUGCCGUCGCCGCUGUUAGAGGAACAAGCAGAAUCAAGACUGCAAGCGUUAUGGUAAGCCCAUCCCCGAAAGAAUCACUCUAGAAAAUUAAUCAAUUCCACCUCCAGUUCCAGAGUCUGUUGUGUGCAUUCUGGAGUCAUAGAAAUCAACUGAUAUCAUGAAAAGUGGUCGGAAGAAUCUGAAGAGAGCAUCCAAGGAAGAAAUUCCAACUCUGCUCAAAGGCCAAAGCAUAAUGCAAGUUGUAUCUCUUCUUGGUUCGAAUCAAAUUCAGGUAAUAGAUGCAGAAGGGCAGAAAUCAGUGGCGUUAUUUCCAGCCAAAUUUCAAAAGUGUAUGUGGAUUAGACAAGGGAGCUUUGUUGUGGUGGAUGAUAGUGGGAAGGAGAAGGCCCUUGAAUCUGGCAGCAAGGUGGCAUGCCUGGUUUUGCAAGUUCUAUUUUAUGAGCAAGUUCAUGCACUUCGGAAAUCUACAGAGUGGCCAGAAAUUUUCAAAACAGCAGUCCCGAAUGAUUCGAAAUGCUAUAUGCAAACAGCCACCUCCAAUCCUGAAGAAUUGAAUUCAAGUGACAGUGAUGAUCUUGCCCCACUGGAGGGUAAUCUGAACAGAACCAGACCCAUUGAGUUGUAUUCAGAUUCAGAUUCAAAUUCAGAUGCAGAAUCUUAAACCAUAUGACCAGACCCAUUGAGUUGGAAAUUACGAUUAUUUCUACUGGAAAUUGUGAGGAUAAUCAGUUAUUUCUAUCGGAUGGAUCUUCAUAUUUUAAGGCAGAAGUAUUUUCGACCAGUUCGAUAAAAGAAGUAUCCGAAGAUCUUUGGGUGCCAUGAAUAUUUUGAAGUCUUUGUUGAAGGUAAACUUAAUUGGUUUUCUUCCUAUGUAAAUUCACAGGUUGUUCACAUAGGGCAAAGUUGAUAGGAACAUGUAUCUCUUUAUUUAAGGAGAAAGUUUUCAUUGGUUGCCAAUACCCUCCUAAUACAAUCUGAAGCCCGAAGGCCAGUUUCGAAUCUUUAAA